AUGUCGGACAUUAGAUUGAAGCGUGUAAUGAGCGAUAUCAAGGAUUUUCAAAAAGAGGAAACUCAUGGCAUUUUCCUAACAGACCCAGAUGUCUCAGACUUGUCUUGUGUUCUAGUAAGUUUUUGGGGCCUGGAAGGAACUGAAUUUGAAGGCGGAACCUUUGACUUAAAAAUCGAAAUUCCAGACAAGUUCCCCUUUAAGAACCCGCAGAUGUUCUUCAAAACGCGUGUGUGGCACCCUAAUGUGUGCCAAUUAAGUGGAAGAAUCUGUAUGGAUCUACUUGAUAGAAAUUGGCAUUCAGGAAUUGUCUUGAAGGAAUGUGUGGAGGCGGCGAGGUGCCUCUUAAGUUUACCAAAUCCUGAUAGCCCACUCAAUGCCGAAGCUGCAAAUCUCUUGGAACACAACGAAGCAUUAUACUGGUCCAAUGCCAGAGCAUGGACAAGGGUUCAUGCCGGUGCUGCAUCGCUCACCUCAGAUUUGGAUGAGAACAUAUCUGUCUUGAUGUCUUUUGACAUGACUGCCGAAGAAGCUCUCGAUAGGGGAGUUGAACACGAGUGGGAUAUGGUUUCCAUUGUCAAAACAUAUGACCUAUGA